UCAUCUAUGUCAUUUAAACGAGCUUCACGGCCAGACCAGCUUCAACUUUUUGCUGCUGUAUCAGUUCCACAUCUUGAACCACAUCACCGGCGGGCAGACGGGCUCUCUCUCCACUGAGCAGCUUUCCAAAUGGAUUUAUUGGCAUGUUUUCAGCUUUUACUUCUGUCGCAUUUAUUGACCGUGAACUGUAGCCCCGGUCCGUUACUCGACGUUGUCGUAGAUCGUUAUGACAUUCCGAAAGUUUGUCCUCGAGAAGUGGAAAUAGAAGAUUUUGUUCGUUAUCAUUUCAACGGUACCUUCUUUGAAGACGGGAAAAAGUUUGACUCCAGAGCUGAGUGCAGAACUAUGAUCCCUCCUCAGGCCACGCUGGUAUUCGAGGUGCUGAUGGUUGAUGUCUUUAACCCCAAGGAUGAUGUAAUCGUGGAGGCAAAGGAAGUGCCUAAAGGCUGCACGCGCACAACAGUGACUGGAGAUUACAUCCGCUACCACUAUAAUGGCACAUUUCAGGAUGGCACACUCUUUGACUCGAGCUAUCAGCGAAAUAGCACCUACAACACUUACAUCGGUAUGGGAUACGUGAUCCAAGGGAUGGACAAAGCCCUGCAGGGGCUGUGCAUAGGAGAGAAAAGGAGGGUCAUAAUUCCUCCUCACUUAGCGUAUGGUGAAAAAGGAGUCGGAGACUUCAUUCCUGGAUCUGCUGUGUUGGUCUUUGACAUUCACGUCAUUGAUUUCCACAACCCAAAAGAUCCAGUCAAUAUCAAAGUUACCCAUAAGCCUCAGGAGUGUAACAUGAGAAGUGAAGCUGACGAUUUGAUUCAGUACCGCUACAAUUGCUCCUUGAUGGACGGUACCGUGCUGUACACCUCGGACCAGUUUGAUUCACCUUCUACCACUACUCUGGGAGCAAAUAAUGUGAUCCUGGGUCUGGAGGAAGGUUUAAGAGGCAUGUGUGUAGGCGAGAGAAGAGAAGUGGUCAUCCCUCCCCACUUUGGCCAUGGUGAAAAUGAAGCCGGAGGAGUUCCAAAGAGUGCAGUGCUCUUCUUUGAGUUGGAGUUGGUGGAGCUUCAGAAGGGUGUACCUGAAGACUACAUGUUUGUGUGGGUCGGGGAUGGCCCUGAUCCCCUCUUUCCUGCUAUGGACCUUGAUGGAGACAAACAGGUCCCCCUUGAGGAGUUUUCCCUCUUCAUCAGGCUCCAGGUUCAAGGAGGCAAAGGUCGUCUUCGGCCGGGGAUUGAUGCCGACAGCAUUAUUAAGGACAUGUUUGAUAAUCAAGACCGUAAUAAAGAUGGCAAGAUCGUAGAAGAUGAACUGACGGUUACAGAGGAUGAAGUGUCCAAACAAGCAAGAGAUGAGCUAUAAAGAGGACAUCUACGUGUUUCACUGGUGAUUAAGUACAGGCGUGCAAUGGCUGAGGUAACACUGUUUUAGUGUGUUGUGGAACAGCUCUGAAUUUUUCAGGACUCAUUUCUCAUCUACUGGGCCUUUUCACUUCAGACAACUCGCCCUGUAGUUGGAAAAUUUUUAUUUUCCAUACAAAACGUCUGUUUAUCAAAACUCUGAACCCAAAGCAGCUAUAUGAGAUUCAGCCAUCAUUAAUAACUUUUACACCAGUGUUUUUAUAACUGUGAUAUGUCAAAAAACACUGGUUGUACAGUGUUGUUUGUGGCUGUGUACCAAUGUACAAUAAAAAUAUUUUAUAACAAAAAA